CGUUUUAGCUAUUUCAAUUUGUUAUUGUUAUAUUUAAUAUAGAUUUUACGAAAACAUUUUCCAGUGUUAUCGCAACUCUAUUAUCGUUUCUAUUGAUAAAUCAACUCUGCGUUGAUGUUCAGAAUCGUAAACUUAAACUAAAUGGAUAUUUUGAGGAGACUCGCUUGAAGGGUUAGGUGUUGUGAACCUGAGUGGGGGGCGGGGCUUCCCCCGCCGCCUUCGCUUCUAUGGCAACCUGAUAGAUCACAUCAGCAUCACCGGGAAUAUUUUCGGACACGGGACCAGAGCUGCUCUGGACGGCGGUGAUGUCGGCAGCUGCUGAUGUGAUUGACAGCCGGUAAGGAUCUUGAGGGUCCGUGACCUCUCACAUGUGAUGCUGAGGAGCCUUCGGUCAGUAUUUCUCCGAUAUACAGGAUUACAGAGCAACACGGUGCCUUGGAACUGGGGUGCAAUGAUGAAACCGGAGCCACUGGAUCCGCGCGAGAGGGCAUGUUUGGGUAUCCUGACGGUCGGAGUGAUGCUUCAGCGACACACAGGUUGCAUUCGUCCAUGCGUAAAAGGCUCUACAGUUUGCCACACCAAAAAGCUGCGAUCAUGGGUGAUGCUGAAGACGCGGACAAGGACACCCGGAGGAAGAGUAUCCGAAUGAAGCCCCUGCCUUCUCCCACCUCGCCGGGGGGCACCGGAGACGCCAAAAGCGCAGAGUCCGUGAUCAUGGAGACGGACAUCGGGAGAUCCGCCAAAACCAGCUCCAACGGGGACUGCCGGAGAUUCCGAGGCAGCCUUUCGUCCAUCACCGGUCGGCACCUCCACGACUCGGAUGCAGCGGAGGAGAGGCGUCUGAUCACGGACGGUGAGGUGACCCCGGGCGAGGAGAGCCCUCCUGGAGCCAUGGGCGGCGGCGCGCACGGCGGUGCCGGUGUCGGUCAGCAACAGGAGGGCAGCCCGGAUCAGCCGGCGGGCUUUAUAAAGCUGGAGGGCAUCGAUCAGAUUUUACCGGACGAAGAGAGGUAUUAUCAAGCGGGCUUCAUGCACAGGCAGUUGGGGGCGAUGCUGCAGCCCGGGGUCAACAAGUUUUCCCUGCGGAUGUUUGGCAGCGAGAAGGCGGUGGAGCGGGAACAGGAGCGCCUCAAGUCCGCUGGAUACUGGAUAAUUCACCCAUACAGUGAUUUCAGGUUUUACUGGGAUCUGACCAUGCUGCUGCUGAUGGUGGGAAAUCUGAUCAUCAUUCCCGUGGGCAUCACGUUCUUCAAAGACGAGCACACGCCUCCGUGGAUCGUGUUCAACGUCGUCUCGGACACCUUCUUUCUCUUGGACCUGGUGCUGAACUUCCGAACCGGGAUCGUGAAGGAGGACAACACUGAGAUCAUUCUGGAGCCUCAGCAGAUUAAAAUCAAAUAUCUGCGCUCGUGGUUUGUGGUGGACUUCAUCUCCUCCAUCCCCGUGGACUACAUCUUCCUCAUCGUGGAGACGCGGAUCGAUUCGGAUUUCUACAAGACGGCUCGCGCCCUGCGGAUCGUACGCUUCACGAAGAUCCUCAGCCUGCUCAGACUGCUGCGGCUCUCACGAUUGAUACGCUACAUUCACCAGUGGGAGGAGAUUUUUCACAUGACCUAUGAUCUGGCCAGUGCAAUGGUGCGAAUCGUCAAUCUGAUUGGAAUGAUGCUGUUGUUGUGUCAUUGGGACGGAUGUCUUCAGUUUCUGGUGCCGAUGCUGCAGGACUUCCCCGCUGACUGCUGGGUCUCCAAGAACAAGAUGGUGAAUGACACGUGGGGUCAGCAGUACUCGUACGCCCUCUUUAAAGCCAUGAGUCACAUGUUGUGUAUCGGUUAUGGGAUGUAUCCACCUGUGGGCAUGACGGACGUGUGGCUCACCAUCCUUAGCAUGAUAGUGGGCGCGACGUGCUACGCCAUGUUUGUCGGUCACGCCACGGCUCUGAUCCAGUCUCUGGACUCCUCACGCAGACAGUAUCAGGAGAAGUAUAAACAGGUGGAGCAGUACAUGUCCUUCCAUAAACUGCCGGCCGACAUGAGACAGAGGAUUCACGAUUAUUAUGAGCACAGAUACCAGGGCAAGAUGUUUGAUGAAGAGAGCAUUCUGGGAGAACUCAAUGAACCCUUGAGAGAGGAGAUCAUAAACUUUAACUGCAGAAAGUUGGUGGCGUCCAUGCCGCUGUUCGCCAACGCCGAUCCUAACUUUGUGACGUCGAUGCUCACCAAACUUCGCUUCGAGGUCUUCCAGCCAAAAGAUUACAUCAUACGAGAGGGGACCAUCGGCAAGAAGAUGUACUUCAUCCAGCACGGCGUGGUCAGCGUUCUCACCCGGGGAAACAAAGAGACCAAACUGUCAGACGGCUCAUACUUCGGAGAGAUCUGUCUGUUGACCCGCGGCAGACGCACGGCCAGCGUCAGGGCAGACACGUACUGUCGUCUGUAUUCUCUGUCUGUGGAUCACUUCAAUGAAGUCCUGGAGGAAUAUCCCAUGAUGAGGAGAGCGUUUGAGACCGUCGCUGUGGAUCGACUGGAUCGCAUCGGCAAGAAGAACUCUGUUCUCCAGCACAAGGUCCAGCAGGACUUGACUUCAGGUGUUCUGAACUAUCAAGAGAAUGAAAUCAUUCAGCAGAUCGUUCAACACGACCGAGACAUGGCCCACAGCCCGUCUCCUCCAGCCCCGUCCUCACCCACGCCCUUCAUCUGGGCUCCUCUGAUUCAAGCCCCUCUGCAGGCGGCCGCCACCACCACGUCCGUCGCCAUCGCACUAACUCACCACCCUCACUUGCCCGCCGGACUCUUCAGACCCGUCGCUGAGAGAAAAGAGCCCAGCGGACACCUGAAGAGCUUCCAGUCGGGAGAACCUGGAGACUCUCCAUUCAGCUCUCCCUCAAAACCUCGGGUGGGGAACCACAGUCCCGUUCUCUCUUCCCUCCGGACGCGGAACCUGUCAGGUGGCACGACGUCCAGCAGUCAGCAGGUGUGUGGGAGCACUUCUCCGCACGCAUCUUCCUUUCCGUUCAGGAGCUUUUCGUCGACAUCGCCGUCGUCCGGCACCGCGCAGCAUCAUUCACAACCCGCUCCUUCAGGACUUCAGAAAGGGCCGACAGGAGGAGUCGCAGCGACGGGGUGUUCUGGGAUCUUUGGUCACGCCCCCAUCCAGCAGUCUCCACAGAAACCAUUCACCGGUAAAACCACCACACUAUUCCACACGCCUCCACCCGGAUCCCCUUCUUCCAUCCAGACCGGCGACAACACUCCGUCUUCUCAAACUCUGUCUGCGUUGUCCAACAUACAGUCCAGUUAUCUUCCUCACGUGUCUUCAGAGAGGUCAGCCCUGGCGUCUCUGGCUCAGUACGGUUCGGCGAACGGCUCGCCCUGUUACACCCCUCUCGCCCCCAGCCCUACCCUUCAGAGUCCGGUAAUGGGGAGGACUUUCCAGUACAGCGACGAUGGAUCUCACGCGUCUCCCCUGUUACCCCAGACCUUGUGUCCAGGUCAGCUCCCGGGUCAUCACGCUCUGGGGAGGGACUCUCCUCUGAGACGCUUUUAUGAGGAUCUCAAUAUACUGUCCAGUUCCCAUCAGUCUUCGGAGGGGACGCAGGCCUCGGGACGCUCCUCACCCGCGCACUGCCUUUCCCCGUAUUCAUCACCGACAGCCAAACCCUGUAGCUCUGUGUCGGGUCACGUGACUGCCUCAGGAUCUGUAGGGACGUCACCGGCGCUUUCUCACCCGCGGGGGUCCGACACCCAAUUGUCCGACCCGCCUCGAUCUAAACUUCCCUCAAAUUUGUGAGGUUGAAUCGCACCCUUCUGUCCGUCCUGACGCCGUAUAGUUUAUUUCUUUGUCUCUGUAUAUCAACACUGUGUUUGAAUCAGUUCUCUUUAUACCGCCGUGAGCUUUAGAUUUGUUUCUCUUUUGUGUUUGUUUGUUUUUCACUCAUUAUAUUUGUUAUAUAUAUGGAAUUAUAUAUUUAAAGAUAUGUUAUUGGGUCUAUAGGAGGGUGUGAAGUGUAACCUAUAUAAACAUCUUACUGUAAGGACAUGUGGUUAUUUUCUAGUAAUGUCGUGAAAACAAGACUGCUCUGCAGGGAUCUAUGCACUCUCAGGCCGGCGUGUUGAAACAGAUGUUUGUGUGUUUGAGACCUUUUUAAUAACUUCACGCGGAUCACAGAUUGAUGAUCUGGAGAGUUAGAGGUUGUGUUUGAGGGAGAUUUAUUGUAGAAACCUUACAAGGUGGAGACGAUAGAAAAACCAAAAAGAUGUUCAGUCCAUGUUGAGUUGAGUAUCUUGUGCUGAAUGAUGUUGAGAUGUGUGAGCACUGAGUGACAGCGCAAUCACAAAAACACUAAAUCACAAUUCACUUCUGUCUUCCUCACUCAUAUCAUGUGUGUUUAACAUCCUGCAGUGUAUGAUUUUGUGUUUUUAUGUGCGUGAUUGUGUGUGUGCACUAGUGCAUGUGAUUAUGGUGUGUGUGUUUGUGUGUGUAUGAUUUUGUGCGUGUGUGUGGGGGUUUGCGUGUGUUUUUUUUAUGCGUGUGAUUGUUUGUGUGUGUGUAAUUUUGUGUGCUUGUGUUUGUGAUUUUUUUAUGUAUGUGUGAUUGGGUGUGCGUGUGUGAUUAUGUGUGCGUGUGUUUGUGUGUGAUAUCUUAAUUCAUAUGGCAGUCAGGUUUGUCGUAGCAAGAAUAGUUUUGCCUUUUUACAGAAUGUUUGUGUUGUUUGAAGUCGCACAAAUUAACAGUUUAUUUAACAUCAGUGAAACAGCGGUGUGUGUUUUUUUUAUGUUUAGAUGCUAAACGAUGAACAGAAGUUGUGUGAAUGUAGCUUAAAAGCAAUGCCAUCGAUCAGUCAUUCAUGGACAGAAGAUCAUGUCAUCAGACACCUGAGACCAGCGUGAGAUCACAUGAUCCGCUCACUGCGUCUGAUUUCACCGGGUUUGUGUUUUAAGAGCACAACACACUGAUGCUUAUAAUGUCUGAGUUUGGCCUCAUGGAUUCUUCUCCAGGUUUAUACAGGACAUGUUGUGUGUGGUCGCCCGGUGUUUUCACCCUCCGGUCUCUGUAUGUCAAGAUGUGACUUUGUCCCUCGGUUUAAAUAUUUUUAGUCUGUUUUAUCCUGCGGCGGGAGAAAAUCACCAGUCUGAUCGCUUAGACAAGUGACAUCACACCUCACAUGUCUGCAAGCACGGACGCUGAAAUAUGAGCAAACAAAUCCCUGUGGGCAAUAAUAUGAAUGAUGAUCAUGAUCACUAAUGAAAAACACAAAAAAUCCUGUUAAAUACUGUUUUUAAACCUCACAAAGGUAAAUAUUUAAGUAGACUUUUUAUUAUAUUUUUUGUAUCAUAUUUUAUAAUAUAUUACAGUAUACCACAGUUUACUAUAGUAGAUAAUAAAGUGUACUAUAUAAAGUUUGAAGAGGGAAGAGGGUUUAAAGGUGUUUCAGGUGAAGUCAAGCAUCCGACGUUGUCAUGGCGACCACCUCAACAUCACUUUCACGUGUUUUGAGAUACUGAUGCACCUUUACUCGGAUCUGACGGUCCAGAAGUGAUGGAUAUAAACUCUGGAGCAGUGUAACGGUUUCUUCCUGAAGGCCGAUGGUGAUGUUUCUUCCUCAGACGUGAAUCACAAGCGCUCGCGUUCGUGUGGUCUGACCCGAGGAGAGCAGAAGUUGUGAAACUCCUCAACUUUUGAGACGUGAUCGCGACAGGCAGGGAAAAGUGAGACGGGAAGGACAGAUGUGCGCCGACACUGAUGUAUUGUGGAGGUGAUGUGUGUUGACUGACAGCAGGGACCCCUGCGGGCCGCUCGACGUGAUGAGGACGCGUUUGUCGUGUUGUGUGUGUCAUGAUUGUUUCUGGAGCUCUCGGGAGCCUCUGGAGGGGGUAAAGUAGUGAUUGUGGACACAUUUGAAGGGUUUCGUGCGACAGUAAAAUAAAUCAAUAAAAACACUAAGGACAAUCAGAGCGUGACUCAUGAUGAAAAAUCCUUUGGAUGAUGGACGGAUCUCGACAAAUUAGAGAACGUGAUGAUCGUGACACUGUUGCAGAUAAUAUCUGAUAAUCGUCAAUAAUGUUGACCGUGAGAGCUCAGAUUCGUGACACUUAUUUCAACAAAAAUGAUGUUUAAUUUUUGGGGACUUUCAAAGUCAUCUGUAGGCAAGUUUUUUUUUAGCACAUUGUUGUCAUGUAAACACACCUUUAGAUCCAGAUUGUGUGCUUCAGAUCUCAACUUUCAUUUAGACUCACGGUUUGUGUCUCUUAGGACAAAGGCCACACGCACGUUCUUCUCUGUUUCAUGUGUGUGAUUCAGACACGUGUUUACAAGCCCGCUGAGAAAUCAACACUGGCCACCAUCCACCUGGAAUCACUUCAGUCUGUUAGCAGUUUUCAGAACGCUUCAUGAUUCCGGCUGGUAACGUUUCCAGACCUAAUCUCACGUCUGUGUUUGCGGUGGUCGUGUGCAGACGUAAUGAAAUAGUGACUGAGGAAUAGAUUUCACACUCACAGACGCUGUGAUCCACAUCAUCAUCAUCACGGUCUCUCAUUCAUGUCUACAGAUUCAUUCAGAUGUGUGACUGUGAGCUGAAGAAACAAAUCAAACUGAAACAAGACUUUUAUGAAAAUCUUUUAUUUGGUUUAUUGCACACGAGUCGUACGAGACAAAAAGGAAUAUUUUUUGUGCUUGUCUGUUUUUUGACAGACAUGGACAGCACGAAGUGUGAAUGCUCUUCAGAAAUUCUCUUUUUAUAUUAGCACACGUUUUGACGGCCAUGAGGGUGAACUUUCAUCUCCGGUCGGUGUUGCCAGAUGUACCAUAAUCAGGGCGUAAUUUCCGGGGGGGACAGGGGGGCCAUGUCCCCCCCACAUUUCAAAAUCCUGUUUGUCCCCGUCACUUUCAAAUUUGUUUGUACACUAAAAAUAGAUCACUGAAAGAUUGUUUUCAAUCAUGUGGUUUUGACUUGAAUAUAAUAGAAAUAUGUUUUAAUGUGUUCAUUGUUUCUGUUAGCUAGGUUAAGCUGUUUCCUGAUAAUAGACUUAUAUGGGGAAGAAACAUGUAAUUUAUUACUUUUUCCGUUUGAUAAGGACUCCUUCUUUUAACAACAGUUAGUGUUUGUGACAAGGCUUGACAGAAAUGUGGGCUUCACUGGUUGUUGUUUAGGUACGUAAAACCUCCUAAAGCAUUUUAGAAAGUCAUCCGGCUCGUCUCCUUCUGACCGCAGAUUCAGGUCUACAAGGCAUGUUUUCCUCCUUUUCUCAAUCAAUACUCACAUUUUCCCCCUUCGUGAACAUCAACUUUUGCUACACAAUAAAAACAACUAUUGGUUUCAUGGUUUAUUCAAUUUAGACAAUCAAAAACAACACAGCAUUUUGAAUUGGGACAAGAUUCAAAUCAAAAACAUCUUCCCCCAUUUUGUGUCCCCCACACUUGUCAAACCAAAGUUACACCCUUGACCGUAAUUAUCGUAUUUGUGGCAUCAUUUUGACCUCUGUACGAUCAAUAAUGAAGAAAAUCCAAGUUGGACAUUUCCAAUCUGGCAACACCGUCUCUGUAUAUGUUCAAUCAGAUCUCGCCCUCAAUCUUCUGCGCUGUAUCGCAACAAUAAGCUGCUAGAAUGAAGAAUCAGGUUCUGUGCACACUAUUGAGGGAUGUUCACGCUGACCGUACUUGUGUCCAGCUGGGUGGAAAGAGCUUUGCCUCUGUUUUCAGUGGUGAAUACUGCAAAAAAAGACAAAUCUGUGUGAAUCGGUUGCCCGUGUGAGCUUAAAUCAGCAUCUCUCACGUCUCUGGAUCUGUCACUGUUUGUGAGAACAGACACUUUAAACACAUGGAGCGAGAUUCACAGGUUCUCAGUGCCUCCCCCAUUAAACACUGAAGCUGUUCAGAUCAGAUGUGAUCAAGGUUUUAUUUAGAAGAUUGAUGAAGAUGAAGUUAUUUCGUGUUUUUGCUGUUUUGUUUGUUUGUCAGAUCAUGUUUUAUAAUCUCACUUCACUGUGUUUUUCCUAUUUAUAACACAACGAUUUCAUGUGUUUGCAUUUUUGCGGGUGUUUCUGACAUAUUUCUCAGAUUUCUCGGCUUAUCUCACUGGAAAGGUGUUCAUAUUAAAACAGGGGAUCCGAAACAUAUGAGAUUUGAUGGACACACUGACAACGCUUCUGUUCUAGAGAAGACGUGAACUGAGAGAUGGCGUUUGAAGGAUCAAUCGGAAACUGUUUUUCUUUUUCUUGUGUGAAAUCUACGAUGUAUGGAAAACAGCAAUAAGUGUGAUGUAAUGGGGUGAUGAUGGCUGUACUGUAGAUGUUUGAUUCAGGACAGAUGCUGUGGACGUCUACGGCAUCCAUCGAAAACACGGAUGGAG